CCAACCCACUUCUUCCCUUACAAGCUAAACCUUAUUUCUCUCUACCCCCAACACCAAAAAACUCACACAAACACACUGUUCAACUUUCUAACCUAAAACAAAAUGAGAACCAUCCCCACAACAACCUCAACUACAAUAGCACCCACAGCCACCACGUCAUCAUUAACAACAAGUCCUUCUCAGCACUCCUCCACAUGGCACUCUCCGGUUCCGUACCUGUUUGGAGGACUGGCUGCGAUGCUCGGUCUCAUAGCCUUUGCGCUUUUGAUCUUAGCCUGCUCCUACUGGAAACUUUCUGGUCAGUUACAGAACGAGGAAAACGCCGAAAGGGACUUGGAAAGUGUUGUUGGUGGUGAGAAACAGGGUGACUCUGCAAACAAGGAAUCAGUUACGGUGUACGAGGAGAAGAUUCUCGUCAUUAUGGCCGGAGAUGAGAAACCCACAUUCUUGGCCACCCCGAAAGCCUCCUCCUUUGUCCCUCAUGGUGUCCCCAACCAUUUUGAGGAAAACCUCGAAAACCAUGUGACUUCUGAGAAAUCAGAGAAAAACCAUGUUCAACAACCUACGUCUCCGCAACAACAGAGCCAGCCACGACAAUAAGAUGUCAUUUGGUUUGUAAUUCUAUGAUUCUAUAUCGUAGGAUAGAUUUGAGAAACAGGGGAGCAUCUUUCUCUGUUUCCAAGCAUUACCUUUCCCUCUUCUUUCUUCUUCUUUUCCUUGGUUUUCGAUCUUGUUGGUUUGUAUUCUAUUGGUGUUCGGAAAUUGUAAAUUUAAACGAGAUGAAUUAGAACUGAGAUGAGGGGAUUGCGUUUCAAUCCAAGGGAAGCCAGAUUUUGCAGAGUCUUAUAUGGCAGUCACUGCUACAUUUUUUUUUUUCGUUAAUGCAUCAGGCUGCGAAUGGAUCCCACAAUUACAAUGUUGUUUCCAAUCCUACAGUUCAUUUCAAAA